GGAAAAACACUUGCAACAUACAAAUUUCAAGGGUUUAAAUGAACUGCUCGGAGGAACUAAUAAUUCUUUGUUAAGACUGAAAAGUAGCUUCGCAAAUGGUUGGGCUGUCAACAUGGUUUCGCUACAUUGCCACCAAAUUCGAGUACUCUGUCUCGCUCACCCGAAAGACCUACAUACAAGGUCAAAUUGAAGAUACGGAGAUUCUCAAUAUGAUAUGGAGGAAUGUUUUCCAUGGAAAGUUGACAUUUUUGCAUUGGAAUAAAGGAGAAGAGAUGGUCCCAUCGAUCGGCAGCUAUGAUGGAACUCUUCUUGUUCGGAAAAUUCCAGCUGCAAAUCCUACUCGAGUUCAUGUUGGUGAUAUGGUGGUACUAAAGGACCCAAUAAACUCAGGCAAUUAUCUUGUUCGGAGGUUAGCUGCUAUUGAAGGAUUCGAGAUGGCAUCGACUGAUGAGAAGGACGAACCUUUUCUACUUGAAAAUGAUCAGUGUUGGGUAUUAGCCGACAAUAAAGACCUAAACCCAAAGGAAGCCUAUGAUAGUCGAACUUUUGGUCCGGUUACCAUGGAAAACAUAGUUGGCCGUGUCAUAUAUUGUCUGAGGAAUGCUGUCGAUCAUGGGCCAGUCAAUAACAGCCAUUUUAGUGAGAUAAAGGAUUCACCUGUUCUAGAAGUGGAACUGGACGUGGAGGAGAUGGCCAGAAAUCACAAAAUGCUUUUUGUAAGGAGUGACGCAUGUCAUCUGUUUGAGGAAAUUACUGAGAGACGAAUGGAAGCAUUUCUACUUGUUAAGCUCCAUGGAUCCAGGCAACCCAACGACCGAUAUCUUCCCUGCUCGGGACUUUCAGGGAGAGCCCUCAUCCUACCACCCAACUCAUCCCAUGCUAACUACAAGCUCAUUUCAAACAAAACUCACUUAUCUUUGAAAUGCAAGUUCAUGAAAGAGCCAUAUAACGCGGGUCCCAACAACAGCUGGCAAAAGCCUUCGUCAAGCAAGCAUAACAGGCGUAAGGACAGUGAUGAUGGCUACAAAGACCAAGAGGAGCCCGACAAUUCUUUUCUCUCUUCGAAAAACGGGCCCUUUGUACCAUUCUCCUCAAACCGGAGAUCCACCACCCCAGGUACCCGAGAAAAAGAAAUUGUUGAGAUAUUCAAAAAGGUUCAGGCCCAGCUUCGAGAACGAGCAGCCCUGAAGAAAGCAGCCAAAAAAAUCGAGCCUUCGCAAGAAAAAAACAAAUGGAGCGAGAGGGUCGAUUCACUUCUCAAGGUUUCGAGGAAACACUCAGUCCAGCAAGGCAAGAAAACCACUUCUAGUGCUGAUAAUCGAGAUUUCAAUCAGCAAGAACAGGACAAGGUGCAAGAAAGAACGAGGCAAAAUCUUAGCAGACCCAAAUCGAGCUUCCAGAGGAGGUCUCCCGUCCCUGGAAUAAAAUUCCAGCCUGUAUUUUCCCAGAGCUCUGUUAAUUCAUUUUCUCACGAGAAAUUGGAGAGAGUAAAUGGGAUUACUAGUUUGGAGCCGGAAGCAAAGGAGGAGGCUCUGGAUGUAAUAGGGAAGGAGUUGGGUGAAAUAUCUGGGAUUUAUGAGGAGUUGCUAUCCGAAUCUGAUUCAGAAGAGUCUGAUGUGGAUACCCUGUUUUCGGAAGGGAAUGAGUUGGAUGAGUUAUCUGGGGUUUAUGAAGAAGAAGAGAAUCGGGUGGAGGUUAGUGAUUUGAGUGGAAUGAAGCUGCCAGAGUUGAGGGCCCUUGCCAAGUCUCGUGGAUUGAAAGGAUACUCAAAGCUGAAAAAGGUCGAGCUUAUUGAGUUGUUGAGAGAGUGAAAAAAAUAUAACGGGUUAUGUUUUGUGUGAAAUUUUGUGGUGUUGGUAUGUGUAACGGCUUUUUUGCGUUGGUCAUGUUUCUUUUUGCACUCAACUACUGGUUGGAUAUAAGUUUGUGAUUGUAGACUAUACGAUCUAUAGUUUGAUUCUUAACUAUCUUAGUGAGGAAUUGGUUGAUGCGUUUUUAUAUGCUGAUUCUGCUCAAGCAUUGUGGGAAGAGAUUUGAGUAGCGAUUUGGUGGAAGUAAAAAGGCUUUGGGAUGAGUAUGCCAGCCUAGUUCCACUUCUAGCUUGCACUUGUGGUUCUGUUCAACAGAUGAUAGCAAUGGAAGAAAAUAUGAAAUUAUUAUAGUUCUUAAUGGGAUUGAAUGGCACUUAUGAAGGAGUAAGGAGUAAGAGCUUUGCAACAUGGCUACCCUGAGUGGGUUAAGACUUUUGAGGUAAGAAAAGGAAAAAGGUUCAUGAAGAAUGGUGGCUACCGAAAGAACAUUGACUUCAUCAAGUUUGAAAUUAACUUAUUAAGCUUUAGGUUAAUUUACCUCUUUCAAUUAGAUUUACCAAAAAUACUUUUACUGCCUCCAAACGUCAUGCUGGCCACAUAGCUAUU